GUACUCUGUUGUUUUGAAUGCACUGCCGAUAGAAAAAAUGCUUUGUUUUCUCUCGUUUGGAUGAGGACCACACCAAGGACUUUUCUGGACCAGGAAAAGCUCAGAUUCCGCUCAACAAUUGAAUCCGAUCAUAACUGCAUACCAAUUUACUAAUGACAAAGAUGGAUUUACACCGAUCGACGCAUUUAUUGGGAUAGUGAGGGAAUGCGAGCACCAGUAGAUUUGGGUUGUAAUUGUCCUUCACAUUGCGAUAUAAAUUAGAGUGGAGCCGACUGUGCGUCUAGCCAUUUCAUUAUGUCAGGAAUAUCAAUCUUAGCAUUUGUGAUGAUAUCUAUUCUAUCGUAUGGAUAUUAUUUCGUAGCAAGUGUCGAGUCUGCGAGGGAUGAGUGGAAUUUUGAGUCCGUAAAUCUGAAUGUGGACCUCUCUCGAGUACUCAAGAAAGUGAAUGAACGUUUUUUGUCUGUUGCCAUAGACGCGAGUCUAGUCGCUGAAGAGAAGUUCAUGUACCUUUUAACGUCUCCAAAGCUGAGGACAUUGGCAAAGGCUUUGACUCCAGCAUUUCUGAGAUUUGGAGGGACAAGACAAGAUUUCAUGACCUUCAACCCAACAUUUUUACAUUCAAACGAGAAUCACAAAAACUCUGUGUUUGAUGCAGAUGACAUAUGUGAAAGGCUGGAGCUGCCUCCACUACUGGAAAAGAGGCUGAAGCAGGAAUGGACUCUACAGGAAAUACUUCUCGACAAGGAGGACUUGCAGAGGAAGUAUAGGAGUGUAAAGUUCACAGAGUGUGCAGUGGAUCUGCUCUACUCUUUUACCAACUGCUCUGGAUUAGACCUCAUCUUUGGGCUCAACGAGCUGCUCAGGACCUCUGGGAACUCCUGGGACAGCAGUAAUGCCAGGACCCUCCUACAGUACUGUGAAUCUAAACAGUACAGCAUGUCCUGGGAGCUGGGCAAUGAGCCCAACAGCUAUGAGAAGAAGGCAGGGAUCAGGGUGGAUGGAUAUCAGCUCGGCCAAGAUUUUGUUCAACUCCGCAAGAUUCUGCAGGAAUCCAAACUUUACCAUAACACUGGACUCUAUGGACCAGACAUUAGCCAACCCCGGGACCACCGGAGAGACUUACUGGAGGGGUUCUUGGAGAGUGGGGCAGAAGCAAUUGAUGCAUGUACCUGGCACCAUUAUUAUGUCAAUGGAAGAGACACGUCUCUAGAAGAUUUCCUAGACCCUGAGGUGCUAAACACAUUGGCCUUAAAAACACAUGAAGUCAUGGAGACCAUUGAGCUGACCUCCCCUGGGAAGAAGGUGUGGCUUGGAGAGACUAGUUCUGCCUAUGGAGGCGGGGCUAAGGGCCUGUCUGACACAUUUGUCGCUGGAUUCAUGUGGCUGGAUAAACUGGGCCUGGGUGCGAAGCUCGGAUUGGAUGUUCUCAUCAGACAGGUUUUGAUUGGAUCUGGGACUUACCACCUGGUAGAUGAGAACCUGGAUCCACUUCCUGAUUACUGGCUAUCAGUUCUGUACAAGAGGCUUGUUGGACCAGAGGUGCUGAGUAUAGAAGCCUUUUCCAUUUUGGGAAAGACUAAAAGAGUACGGGUCUACCUGCACUGCACUAACAAGAAAAGCACAAGCUACAAAAGUGGAGCAGUCACAUUGUUUGCUCUGAACCUGAGUAAGGGCCCUGCGAGGAUGUCUGUGCCUGUUACAAUCUCUAACAGUACCGGCGAGGCCUUCGUUCUACAGUCUGAACAGCCUGGCGAGGAGGGACUCUACUCCAAGUCUGUGAAACUCAACGGAGAGGUGUUGAAGAUGGUGGAUGAAAGAACACUUCCAUCGCUCCAGGGAACUCCUCUUCCUGCAGGAGAACAUCUCAGACUCCCUGGUUAUUCCUUUGCCUUCUAUGUCCUCAGCGAGGCCCAGGCGCUGGCCUGCCGAUGACCCCAAUUGGAGAGGAGGACUUGAGAAGAUGGAGGUAAACUCACUGUCUAAACUAAGAGAAGGAAAUACGGUACUUGACUAUUGCACUAAACACAGCUGUAUGACUUUGCCAAAGAAUGUAAAUCAAGUAAAUGUGGUGAAAGGAUUCGAUCGUCUUUGGAAAUAACUAUUCAUCUACAUGCAUUACAUUUUUGUAUAUUUUUCAACAUGUAUAAAUAGUCUUAGUACAUUGUGAGUAGGGUUUUAAAAUUUCAGAGGACUCAUACGGUUUCAGUCUGUGUCACUUAAAUGCAAUACUUGUUGUAUGUAAAUUAUGUUUCAUAUUUGAUGCCAAAAACGUUAGACUUAACUCAACUUGUUUACGUUCUGGUUACUUGAUUUUCUACUCAGUAAUGUUAAGUAGUUGAAUUGUGCAAUUUUCUAUUUUGGUACACUGGGAUACAAGUAUUUUAUAAACUUUUUGUGUGUGAUAUAUUUGUACAACAUAAUUUGGAUGAGAAAAUAAAUACAGUAAUGAAUUCAAAGCA